AGGAGGAGAGCCACUGACUCGGGGCCACGGGACGGGGAGGGAGGCAGAGAGAGAGAGAGAAAAUCAGGCCGUUUCUCUGCCCUCUCUCGCUCGAUCAUGUCUUUGGCGCUGCCUUCGCGCAGAUGGAGUUGGGCCGCCUGUGACUUGAAGAUUGAGCAACUACAGAAGACCAACCAAACUCUGGAUAAACAAAUCCAGGACUUGUUACUAAAUAAAGAAGAUGUAACCCGUCAGAUUGAACUUGAAAGGCAAGAGAGAGACAUUGCUGUUUUGGAGCACGCCAUCUUAAAGCUCAGAUCAGAUACAGUAAAAUCCAAGAACCAACUUGAAGAAAUCCGAGUGGAAUUACGAGCAAAGAUCGAAGGGAACAAUGAGCUGAAUGAGGCACUGAAUCAACAAAAACAUAAAUUUGAGGAAAUCGGUGGCACAGAAAUAGAAUUAGUUUCAGAAUCUGGAAGCACUGAAACUGAACAGGGUUCAUGUUUGCCAGAUAAGUCUCUUUUUCUUGUGAAUACCUUCGUGAAGGACUUGGAACAAGAAAGAAAUUUCUAUAAAGCGGAGGUAGAUUACUUACUAAAGAUGUUGAGAAACAAAAGUUGCGGCCAAAGCAACCCCUCGAGAGGACGUAGUCCAGUGCACUCACCACCUGUAAAGGGAGGAAGUUAUGAGUCUGAGCUAAUAUGCAUCAUCAAGGAGCGCGAUGAUCUUCAAAACAUGUUAAAUAAAUAUGAAAGGCACAUGGCAGAAAUCCAGUCAAAUGUCAAAGUAUUAACUGCAGAGAGAGACCAAAACAAACUGUUUUUUGAACAGGCCCAGGAAGAGCUUGAUAGACUACACAGAGAUGGUGUCAAGGCCCCGAGGUGUCCAAAAAACAGUCUAACAGCGCAAGAUAUUCUUCGGCGUUUGGAAUGUGAGCGGGAUGAAGCUGCCGCAGACCUAAGAAGAAUGAUUACAGAACGUGACAGUCUAAGGGAACGAUUAAAGAUUUCCCAAGAGGCAGCAAUUAACGAGAGAGCGCAUCUGGAGCAGAGAAUAGAAGAUCUGAAGUCCUCAUUGCAUUCAUUGGAAAGUGAAAGGUUAGAACAUCGAUCGAGGCUGACUUGUCUGAAAGACAGUGUGACUUCCCUUGAGGAAGAGGUCAAAAUAUUGGCUAGAAAGUCGGCUGACACUGAAGAUGAACUAUGCAGACAGAGAUCGGAAAACAAUCAAAUCAGGUUACUAAUGGACCAAACAGAAGAUACUCUUGGUGAAACCCAGCGUCGCUUAUCAUUAAAAUGCACUGAUCUGCAACUUGCACAGGAUAAAAAUGCUCGACUCUGUGAAAAGAAUGAUGAAUUGAACAGACAGAUUGCUUGUCAUCAAGAAGAAUUAAACUCAAUUCGAUCCGAUGCUUAUGACUUUGAUAAACAGAAGAACUGUCUGCAAGAGCUUGUGGAUGAAAAGACCGAGACAAUCACCUCCUUAGAAGAAAGCCUCCACCAGAAAAAGAAAAUCAUCAUUGAUCAUGAAAUAAACCUAAAUGAAUUAGAGUCAACUGUAGAACAAUUGAAUGAAACUGUGAACAGUAAAGACAAUGAAAUUUGCAAUCUCAAGCGUCAGUGUGAUGCCUUGAAUAGUGAAAUUGCUGAAAUGAGUCGAUUACGAGACUCAACAUGUCGGGAAAGUAACCAUCUACACGAACAGUUAUCAAAAAUAAAAUAUGACUCGCAGGGAGCAAACCGAAAACUAGAAGAAUCUACGCAGGAGAUUAAGGAGUUGAAAAUAAAGGUACAGGAUUACAUCACUGAGGUCUCCAAGGUAGAGAAUUUGCUUAAUGCCAAGGAAACAGAGAAUUUUAAUUUGAUGGAACAAUAUCGUAGAGCAAAUUCACAGGUAGAGACCUGGGAACUGAAAGGUCGCCAGAUGGAAGGAGAGAAUAAUUCACUUCAACUGGAGCUUACUUCUUUUAAAGCUGAAAACCGAAGGAUGUGUGAAAGACUUCAGAGUCUUGAAAAAGAAAUCGAGGAGCAAGAGGCUGCUAGGAACGCCUAUAAGGCCCAGGUUUGCUCACUUAACAAGUUGAUAGUGAAAGUGGAAAACGAGCUCCGACAGGUACAGUGUGAAAAGUCCUCGGUCCUCACUGACCUGACUACCACUCAAGAGCUGUGUUUGAAGCUGGAUUCCAACAAAGAAAUGAUGAUGAGGCAGGUGUCCACCAAAAACAAGGAGAUGGAGCAAGUUCUAAGUGAACAUGAGUCAGCUCGUUCUGAAAUAGAGCUCUUAAGAAAUCAGCUGGCAAGUGAGAGAACUGCUAUUAAAAAUCUGGAAUCCUUACUUGCAUCCAAUCGAGAGAAAAAAUAUCAAAGCCAAAUGGCUACUCAGGAGAAAGAAGCUGAAAUUCAACUCUUUAAAGAUAAACUUUCCUUGGCUGAGAGCAAACUGACAUCGCAGUCACGUGAAAUGGCUCAGCUAAGGAGUAAAGCUGCAAUGCUUGAAUCCGAGCUGGAAAUGGCUAAACGGCAGUUGGGAACUGAACGCUUUGAAAGGCAAGUAGAGUGUGCUGUGCAGGAGCUUCGUCGACAUGGCCCCUCAUAUCGAUGCUCAUCCCCACCUCAGCCUUCUUUGAGUCCAAUUUUACAUUCAACAGAGCGUUCUAGCCGCCGAUCUCCAGACUGCUCCUUAAACCGAUCACUGAACAGGGCAUCAUCUUUGAAGGAAUUUUGAAGUAGUGAAUGUUUAUCUCUGCGUUUGUUUGAUCAAUAAAUUCGGAAGGAAUACGAAGCUUUGUGAUUUUCAUGACGAAGACCCCUGAUUGUAUUACCUCGAGGGAAUUCUAUAUUAAUCCACUUUGUCUGAAUCUGUGUGUUAAUGAAUUAAGCAGUACGCUUUCAUCUUAAAUGCCAGAGAAAUGUACCUUCAUCCCAGCUUGUGUGUUUUUUUUCUCUGGAAUUGGAAAUGGAAAGAGUUGCAAAAGAAAAGCUUUUUUUAAAAAAAAAUGCGAGCUAUUCAUUCAUGAUCACAUAAUCUAUAGGCAUUUUUUUGCAUCUUUACAUCCUGUAGUUUGACUUGUUAAUACAGUACCCUGAACUAGACGGACACACAGAUCCCUCAUCUGUCAAAUGUUGCCAAUAAAUCCAUUGAAAGAUAAAUCACUUGUACACAGUGUUUUCUAUAGUCAGUAGAUGAAAAUAGAUCAGGAGCUAUUCACGUUUUCAACCUAAUUUCAGAAACAAUGUCAUUGUAUUCAUUUGAUUUAAAUAUAACCAGCGUAGAUUAUAUUUAAAAAUUGUAUUAUGAUCUGUCAUUUAGUGAGAUACAGAUAACUUUUGUGAGGGACUGGAAUUUCUUCCCAGAAGAAAAAUUAAAUGUUUAGUAAUAGUCACAAUGUAUAUUUAAGGAAGUGAAAGGUUAUUUUGCUGUCCAUAUUUUAGAGUGUACUACUGUAGGGAGUGGUCAUAUGCAGGUUGUAAUGUAAAAUAAUUGGCACAUGCACACAGGGAUUGGCACACUUCACAGAAGUGUCAUACCAUGUCUUGGACUUGUAUUUAGAUCCAGCUCAAAGGGAAAAAAAUUAGCCUGCUAUAAAGGAUUUAACUACUUAAUAAUAAUCCUUGCAUUUGAUA